UUGAAUUGAGUGUGCGUGCUUUGGUUGAGUGUUCGAUUUCUCCUUCACACAUAAACAUCGCUGAUAGAUCGUUUUCUGCAUUAAAAUUUGUUUAAAGUUUUUUUCAAUUUCGUUAAUUCUUCAAUCAAAAAAUGGGUGGAAAAAAAUUCGGCAAUCUUGCAUUCAUUCGUAAUGUAAUCUACAUUCGUUUAUCACCAUACGAACAAAAGGCAUUUCCAAAUUAUCUUCAAACAACAUGGAAUGGUUUCCGUCGGGAUUUCAACAACAUUUUCCCGUAUGCUGCACCACCCCUUCUGGCAAGCUAUAUGCUUUACACAUGGGGUAAUCAGGAAAAUGAACGAGCAAGUCGCAAAAAUCCUGCCGAUUAUGUCAACGAUGAAUAAAUACGAAUUUGAGAGUCAUGUAUAGUCAGUUAUCAUCAUCAAAUAGAGAUUGUAAGAUGAAAGAAGGGUAAUAAAAAUAAUAAAAUUUAUUUACAAAAAUUCAA